GGAGUUGGGUGCGGGGAGCCCAGCGCUUGGAUGCUCAAACUUCCCUUUGGGAGAAGGAGCGAACGCGGCUGCGGGCGGCCCCUCCCGGGGGCUGCGGGUGUCGGGGAGCCCGGAACCCACCGGGAACAGGCUGGGGCUGGCUGUCGGGAGGAGCGGAGCGGCCCCGACACCGCCCGCCUGUGGGCGGCCCCUCCGCUCCGCCCGUGCGGCCGCGGGGCUGGGGCAGCGCCGAGCGCGGGCGGUGACAGCAGCAGCCAGGUCUCUGGAUUGGUCAGCCUUGCAGGCUUCUGGACACAUCUCCUCUCAGCCAUGAGGAGAUCAAAGGGAUUUUAUAUCUGUGUGGUCACCUGCAGCAUCCUGCUCUUGUCCUCCAGCCUGCCAUGCCUCGCUCAGCCUCUGCAGGAGAGGGAUGUGACAAAGGUCCAGCAUGGCCCCUGGGCAGGGAAUGGGCUGGAAGAUGAAAGGACAGGCAUGGUGCACUCAGAAAACAACCUGGGCCCUUCUGAGCAGCCAGUUUCUGCAGAGCCAUGUGCAGUGUCAGCAGAGCCAUCUGGGACAGCUCUGGAUGAAGCUUUCACUGCAGAAGCAGCUCUCCCUGCCAGCCAGGGCCUGGGGGCUCACCCCUCUGCUGGGACACUGCCUGCUGUGCUGGAGGAGGAGCUGGCUCCCACUGAGUCCCAGCUGGAUGAGGAUGAAGCACUCAGGGCCAUGCUGACCACAGCUGUGACCACGCUGAGCCCCGCAGUCCAGGAGGAGUCUGGUGGCACCACUGGUGAGGCCACAACAGAGGCUGGUGUGGCAGAGGAGCCCAGCUCUGGCAGCCCCUCAGCAAACCCCCUGUCUGGGAGCACUGUGGAGCAGGAGGAAGCAGAGGGCAGCUCCCAGCCCUCAGCUGUGCCCCAGCGCACGCUGACCCCCAGCUCUCCCAGCUGGGAAGCAGCAAGGGACCACCCUGUCACCCCAGCUCCCCAGGCUGCAGGGGUGACCCCUGAGCUGGACAUGCUGACAGCCCACACAGGGAGCCCUCUGAAAUCCCUGGCUCCACCAACCUCUGUGGCUACCAAACAUCCCCUUGUGGCUACUGAGACCUUCCUUCCCCCAGCAGCAGGGACAGGUGUGACACAGCAGGAGCUGCCCACCACGGCUGGCACUGUCACCAUCCCCGCUAUGGACACUGUGCCACCUGACUGGGAUGACACAAAGCUGGGGGACAUCAGCCAAGGGGGAAGCAUGCCUCAUGAGAAGGUGACAGAGGAGCUGGGGACAACAGAACCAUCCCAGAGCACCCAGCAAGGUGUGGAGGAGGAGGAGGAUGCCACCAGAGCAGUGCCCUCCCCAGUGUCCCCUCCACCAGCACCUGAGCUUGCCAAGGAGAACUGCACGGUGCCAGUGCAAGGGGAGGAGCUGCCAGCAACUUCCACAGGCAGCAGUGAUGCUUUCCACACUGGGAACCUGUCAGAUGCAGACACAGCUGAUCUUGGCUCGCUGGAAAACAUAAGUGCAGUCACAGCAGAGGAGGAGAAAAGCGUCCCUCCAUCACAGCCAGAGGCUGCUGUGGUGACAGAUACCCAGCCUGAGCUCUCUCCUGCUCUGGAGAGUUCAUGGAAAGGUGUUACCCAGGAGGUGACAACAGCUGCCCAGGAGGCUGAUGUUGCUGUGGCAGAGGUACCUGGUGCCACACAGGGAGCAGGGGCUGCCAGCUUUCCCCAGGAGAACAGUGGGGAGGACACCCAGGUGCUGACAGCUCCCAGUGCCACCCAGGUGCUGCUGACAGCUGCUGCUUCCUCUGCAGUGAGCCCUGUGGAUGCAGAAGAUCUCACAGAUGGGAUCCUGCUCACCAGUGAGAAGGCUGUCCCAGCCCCUGGUGGGAUGUCUCCUAGCCCAGCUGGACAGACAGAGGAGCCAUCCAGCAGAACUGUGGUGCUGGUGACUCCAGCCUCAGUGGCCUCCUCUGUCAGGAGAACAGCCCUUCCCUCGGAGAGGAGGAGCAGCACGGCCGUGACCUACGGGCUGGAGCGCCUGGAGUCAGAAGAGGGUGAGGAGGAGGAAGAGGAUGAAGAGGAGGAGGAGGAAGAAGAAGAGGAGGAAGAGGAAGAUGAGGAGGACAAAGACCUAGACCUGAUGGAUGAAAGCCUGGAGGGUGACACGGGGCUGCCAGGAUUCACACUUCCAGGAGAGACCUCCCAGGAGCCCCUGGCUGGUCUGGAAAACCCAGUGGCCCAGCUGGCUGGGGUAUCCUACCAGGUUCCUGACACCAUUGAGUGGGAGCAGCAGAACCAGGGUCUGGUGAGAAGCUGGAUGGAGAAGCUGAAAGAUAAGGCAGGAUACAUGUCGGGGAUGCUGGUUCCUGUGGGAGUUGGGAUCGCUGGAGCCCUGUUCAUCCUGGGAGCGCUCUACAGCAUAAAGAUCAUGAACCGCCGCAGGAGAAACGGCUCCAAGAGACACAAAAGGAAGAGGGAAUUUAACAGCAUGCAGGACCGAGUGAUGCUCUUGGCCGACAGCUCUGAAGAUGAAUUUUGAGUGGACCUGCAGUGCCCUUGGGAGAGCCUGUGACUUUUCAGAGGAGGGAGGGAGAGGGGGAGAAGAAGAACAAGCGACUUUUCUGCUGCACUGCUGCCCCGGGCAGGGGUGGUGACCCCAGUGACAGUGACAAUGACAAUGCUAUGCUCUACGUGUGCCACCCGUGAUGUUUGUUUUGAUACAGUAGUGGAGAUGUCACACUCGCCCCCGGCGCCUCAUUCAGAGCCACAGCUGGAGCUGCUCCGUGUGGAUGAUUAUUUUCCUCUUGCCCUGGUGUACUGUUUUGGUCCUGGCUGGCAGUAAUCUAAUCAUAACAAUAGCUCUCACCCAUCCCAGGAAUGGAAAUCUUUACUGUGAAUGACUUCUGUCCAGUUCAUUUUUAAAUGUUACAUUACUUGAGCUAGAGUUCAUUAGUGCUAAGAUUAACUGCUCUGCUUAAUUAAUGAGUUGUAAGCCUGAACUGUAUCCCUGGCUGCCUGAGAAGUGCCCGUGUACAGGGUUCUUGGUACAGUUUGAAGCACAUUUCUCCCCUGGGUACCCCCACUCUCACCCCUUUCUCCUUCAGCUCUGCUCCACACUGCUUGGAGACACACAGGAAUGGCCUCAGCACUCAAUUCCACCACGACAUUCCUUGUCCAUUUUCAACCAGCACUGUUACAGCACAAUAAAUACCAGCUCACCUACUGACGGGUGGUCUUGCUUUCGGUCAGGGUGCAAGGAGUGAGAGGAGAGGCAGGUCACAGACUUCCCCAGCUUCUGCCUCCUCUGCAAGGACACCAGCUCCAGCUUCAUCUCUUUUCAUUCCCACAGGGAUGGCUGUGGAGCCUCUGUACCCCUUUACCCCGCUGGGAAAUGCAUUUUCAGCCCCUGAAAGCUGUGAGAAACAGCAGCACCUUUGGGGGAUCUGGAUGGGAGAAUGGUUUGGUUGGAAGGGACUUUGAAGGGACCUGGCUCCAACCCUGACACCUUCCACUAGCCCAGGUUGCUCCAAGCCUCGUCCAGUCUGGCCUGGAAAACUUCCAGGGAUGGGGCAGCCACAGAGUCCCUGCUCUGCAAACCAUGGAACAGAGAAAGGCACUAAGGGAUGGGUCACUGUGGAGGGAUUUGUGGCUAACAAUGGGAAAACAGCAAGAGCUGGAGAGAGGUCAGCUGUGAGGGUGAGAUGACCACAGUGGGAACCCUUGGCUGUAGGGAAAAGGAAAUAGGAAAAAUUCAUAGCACAGAUGGAUGGAUGCAGGGUGUUGUGGAGGUGCCCUGUUAGUCCUGAGGGAGACACAGGCAUAGAGCAGGGGACAAUAAGGCAGCUUUGCCCAGAAAUGCUGUCAAAAUAGCCAGGAAAAGGGCUGCACUAUUGAUCUCUGCAUCCCACUGUGGAAUUACUUCAGUCUGACAUGUAAAACAUUCAUGUUUCUGAGGUGGGAAUCGCUGUUCUGUGGGGAAUCAUCCUUCCUGCAAGAACACAUCCUGUUACCAGAGAACUGACCAGAAAAGUAGGGGCAGACACAUCUGCUGAGAUUAAAGGCUCAGUGGGAUUUAGAGGAGUGGGAGGGAGGAGAGGUUGAGGAGGGGCAGGAGCAGGAUUUUGUUCCCUGUGAAGGUGGAAGGGCAGAUAGUGAGCAGAUGUCUUUUGGAAGUGCCAGUAGGAUUGCAAGGCAGAGAUACCAUUGAGAAGCCCCUCCUGGGCUGAGCUCUCUCUGAGGGUCAGGGACAUGAAGCCAUCAGAGGUGAUGGUCAGCCCUGAACAUCCCCAGAGCCCAGGCACCCCUGUGAGCCUGGGACACCCACCUGGACAAGGACAGCUGGCACAACCUGGUGUCAAAAUGCUGCUCUAAAGCUCAGUCUUCCAGUCCAACAGCUGUGUGUGGUACCUCAGUCCUUCAUCCUGCUGGGUGCAGGGGAGACAACAUUUGGGGGGGUCUUCCUACCCUAAUCCCUCCAGGAGAGGCUUCCCCAGCCAGGGCUCCACAGUGCAGCUCUUCUUUUUUUUUAAUUCCUGAAACUUCAUCCAGGAGGAUUUUGCCUUGCUAAAAGCAGCCCCACAUCUUUAAGAGGCACUGACUGGCAAUGCACCAUUAAAUCCAAAAUUAAAGCCUCUUUCUCACAUAGUAAGUGAUCACCCCAAGUUAAGAUGAAGUUUUCCCUCCAGAUUGAUCUCUCCCUAUUUCCUUCUCAUUCCUAAGUCUAUUGGAGCUUGGAGAUGCUUGGGAAGUCUUAACAGUGCAUCAUUCCUGGCUCUUGCAUUAUUGGGAAUUGGGAAAUAUUGUCCCUUGGGGUCUUUGAUGAUUUAUUCCUGGUAAGGCAUGGUGGGGAUUACAAAGUGGAUAAAAUAAAAUAUCUGAUAAAAUAUCUGCUAAAACACAGAGCUGCUGGGUCAGGCAGGAGGAGGAGGAGGGAUGGCUGAGGAAGGCUGCUGGUUUAAGUAGCCCAGCUCUGGCAGCUCAGGAGGCUCCUUAUGGAUGGGUUGUCAUUUUGUUGUUUUGGGAGGGUGGGUGGGGAGGGGCUGUGGCCUUUUGUUGUGCUAAUAAAUGCCCAGUUUGGGAAACACUGCCUUUCUGCUGGGGCAAUCAGUUUCCCUGUCUCUCUUCUCCCUCUCCAGCAUACUGAACUUGAGGAAUCAAAGGCAACACUGCCAGUCAGGAUGAUGGAAUUGGGGUUUUACUGCAUCUGUGGGGGCCCUGGUGUCCUCAGAGCCAGAGUUCCCUCAGAGAGGACAUGGCAGGGGAUGCUGGAGGUCAGCAAGAAGGGAGGCUCAGUUGCUUGCACAGUUCAGUGUGGGCCCACUGGUCUCUGCUGGAGACAGGUGGAUUUCCCAAAGGUUUUUCUUGUGAUCUGUCUGCACUGCCAGGCCUGACCCUGGCUCUGAAAUCCUUCACCCAAAGCUGGGACCUGACCAGUGCUGAUGCCAUUUGGAAUGGAGGUUUCUGUGGAAUAGCUGGUUUGGUCAUCCCUCCCAUGACUUCAGCUUAACCUGGAAGCCAGGUGGACAGUCAGAGCCAGCCUUGGCUGGGGGGAAGCUGUGGGAGCCUUUGGAGCUCAGCCAGAGUUUCCUGCAGUGCCCUUGGCAUCAGUGCAGAGCCUGCAGGUCCUUACAGCCAAGCACCACCCAGCCCCUUCCCUGCUCAUUCAAGGCCAGCACACUUCGUUUUGGGCUCUUAAAAAUAUUCUCUGCACAGCUCCUGGAGUGGGAUUCACUCCCUUGACAGAUCAGGUGGGAGCAGGGAAGGUUCAGGUGGGAGCAGGGAAGGUUCAGGUGGGAGCUGCAGCUCCAGUUGCCCGACACUGCUGAUUUAAAAUCUUCAUCUCUGCCUUGCCACACCAGCAGAUUCUUCUGGAAGAGGCAGGGCAAGGAAAGCAGCCAAGAAGGGCCCUCCUCAUCCUCAGUGCUGGGUGAGCUGCAAGCCCCUGAGAGCUGAGGGUGGUGACAUUGGCACAGCAAUGUCACUGCAGAACAGCCACCCCUGCACUCGGCACAGCACGAGCCACUCUCCUCCCUUCUGCAUCCUGAGAGCACAAGCCAGAAUUUCAGACAACAGCUUUGGCAUCUCCAGCCCCAUUUCUGACAGGAGGAACUCCUGCCCCCAUGGAAGGCACCUCCACCACUCAGCUGCUGGUUCCUAAAGGUGUCUCUGAGGCCAGAUGCUCACCCUGGUGAGGUGAUGUGAGCAGUCCUGCUGCUUCCCUGUGGUUUUCUGUCUUGGGCAGGAGCAGCUCCUCAUCCUGUAGCUAUGGAAUGUAGCACUUUGUUAAAUGGAAACGUUGGGAAAUAAAAAGCUGUCCAUCAGAGCUGA